CUGUAAUGCAAACUGGGGUCUGCUUCUUUUCUUUCUCUUUCACCUUUGUUUUUGGAAUCUCAUUCACUCUCCUUUCUUUCCCUCUUUAUUCUUCUGGUUCUUCACUCCUUGUUUCUAGCAACGCUUCCUCCAAACACGUAACUGAACGCUUCACUUCACCUUUUUCUUCUUUUUCUAUUGUGAAAAUGGUGAGUUUCUCUUCUCAAAUCUCUGGCACACACGUUACAAGGUUUCCACUUUUUCUCUGAACAACAUGUUCCCUUUUCAUACAACCAACCAUCUUUGCUGGCUGUCAGUGUUUUGAUCUGUCUUCCUCUGUUCCUUGAAUCUGUGUUUUGUGUCUCUACCUAGCUGGUUGGCUAUUUCACUGCAGGGUCUUGUCUUCUUUCUGUUUUUUGUAAAUUAUUUGUAUACCCUUGUUUGGUUGCUGAGAAAAAAAGUUGAGUAAGAAGAAGGAAAAGGGGAGAAAAUAAAGUUUUGGGCUAAAUAGGUUGGUCAAUGGAUUGGAUGAUCAAUAGAGAAUAGUAGCAGAAGAGGAAAAAGAAAGAGAUGAAAGAGGAAUCUACUGGAUUAAUUAUUGGGAUUUCCAUUGGUGUGGUGAUUGGAGUUGUUUUGGCAAUUUCUGCAUUGUUCUGUUUUAGAUACCAUAGGAAGCGUUCGCAGAUCGGCAAUAGCAGUUCCCGGCGAGCCGCUACCAUACCUAUCCGCGCAAACGGUGCUGAUUCAUGUACCAUUCUAUCAGACUCAACCUUAGGUCCAGAUUCGCCUGUAAGGUCUGGACGCAAUGGCAUGUCCUUCUGGCUUGAUGGUAUCAAGAAGAGUAACAUGGUUUCUGCAUCUGGAAUACCAGAAUAUUCAUACAAGGACUUGCAAAAGGCAACAUGUAACUUCACAACACUCAUAGGACAUGGUGCGUUUGGUCCGGUUUAUAAAGCUCAGAUGUCUACUGGUGAGAUUGUUGCGGUUAAAGUGCUUGCUACUGAUUCUAAGCAAGGGGAGAAAGAAUUUCACACAGAGGUUAUGUUGUUGGGAAGGUUGCACCAUAGAAACCUGGUCAAUUUGGUUGGGUAUUGCGCGGAAAAGGGGCAACGUAUGCUUGUAUAUGUCUACAUGAGUAAAGGAAGCUUGGCAUCCCACUUGUACAGUGAAGAGAACGAGACACUAGGCUGGGAUUUGAGGGUUCAUAUAGCUUUAGAUGUAGCAAGAGGCAUUGAGUAUCUUCAUGAUGGGGCCGUUCCUCCUGUUAUUCAUCGAGAUAUCAAAUCUUCCAAUAUUCUCUUGGACCAGUCCAUGCGAGCCAGGGUAGCUGAUUUUGGACUUUCAAGAGAAGAGAUGGUGGAUAAACAAGCAGCUAUUCGGGGCACCUUCGGCUAUCUUGACCCUGAGUAUAUUUCUUCAGGGACAUUCACCAAGAAAAGUGAUGUAUACAGUUUUGGUGUGUUGCUCUUUGAACUUAUAGCUGGACGAAAUCCUCAGCAGGGUCUUAUGGAAUAUGUUGAGCUUGCAGCAAUGAACACUGAGGGUAAAGUUGGUUGGGAGGAGAUUGUUGAUUCUAAACUUGAAGGGAAAUGUGAUUUCCAAGAGCUCAAUGAAGUGGCAGCACUUGCCUACAAAUGCAUCAAUCGCGCCCCGAGGAAGCGUCCUUCCAUGAGGGACAUAGUGCAAGUGUUGACACGCAUCCUUAAAUCAAGACACCACAGAAAUCACAAGAAGUCUCUCUCAGCCACAGGAGACGAAGUUGCCAUUGAUGUUGAUCAGCUAGAAACCAAGACUUCUGCUACUGACCACAGAAGAGAUGAGUCUAUUGAUAGUGCAGCUGACAUGUGUGAUGUAUAGAAGAUGGUUUUACAUCUUGCUUAUAUUUUUUUUGAUACAUUUUUCAGUUUUGGUUUUGGCCUGUGGAUAUAAAAGACAUGAGGCAUGAGUGAGUGGUUUAGUGAUGCUGGGCAUCAUCUUUCUAUUCUUCUGUAAUUUUGUUCUGACUUUUUCUUUUCAUUUUUCUUUGCCGUAUUGUUUCCUUGUUUUUCCCUCAGUUCUGUUGUCUCAGCAGAAAUGACACUCCAAAUUUUGUAAAUACUUUCAUGAUUGAAAUUGAAGUGAAAAUGAAAGUGACCUUUCAUGUCCACAA